GGAAAGAAGAAGCCUUCACAUCUGGUACUGAACAGCAUGGGGCAGGGAGAAACAGAGGUAGUUCCAGAUAGCCCCUGUCAUACACAGCACUCACCAGAAGCCUUUUUUGGAGCCUACCUCUUCAUUUCACAUCACAGUUGGUCAACACUUAGUUGUCUGCAUUCGGGUCAUCCAAGCUCCAACGAGAUGUUGAUUGGCAACAUGAAAAACAAGAAAAGGUAAACACUGCAUAAUGGUAAGAAACGAUACUGAAUGAAAAGCAAACAAAACCCUAUUACAAAGCAAAGAACAUGCCCUAUUACCUGAUGCUCAUCUUCUUCUCUCCUGGUUCUGCAUUGCCUGAGUAUUUCAGGUUCACAAAUCUUCCCAACGCUUAAUUAAACACGAGCAUAUUGGCUGAACAGAAACUGUUGCUAACUAAAGGUCUAUCUAUUGCUAAUGACUUACAUUCUCCUCCUUAAAUUUUCUAUUAUCGCUGAGGUCCUGUCUGUCCAGCAUCAAAAAUCAGUAGUCUCGCAACAUAAUGAACCUACUGAUACCCUUGUCAAGGGUUUUGUUGUAUUAGGCAAGCUAUGGCAUGGCGGGUGUAACGUGAUAGGACCCCUCCCCUGUACCUCUGGUGUGAAGAUACGUGGCAUAAGGCCAACUGGAGUUUGAUUACACCACGGUGGUAGGCGGGAACGCGGGACCUAUAAAAGCGAAAUUACACGACUAAUAAACGCCAUUUGCCUCACACCAUAUUGGUGCGUAUUGGGGAAUGGACCGGACCAUUGACGGGGUCUAGAUGACCGGGUCAGGGAUCCGAAAACGGGUGAGAGGCAACAAAUGGUGACCCCGACGUGAUUCGGGAUCCUAUUAGGCCUUCUGAUUAUGCCCGUUUGCUGCGUGACGGACGCAGGAGCCUGCUGCGGUAAGGUGGCAGAGGAGCCGGAAGGGAGCAAACCUUGGGGCUACACAGCGCUGUGAAGUAACCCACGACCACUCCGGUGAGGCGUGGAAGGGCGGAGGGUUACCCCCUGGGCCGUUAUGGAAUCCGUCAUUAAGGUAUUGAUAUAUGCUUGUAAGAUUCAUUGCGGCAAAUCCGCUCCUUCUAAGAAGGAUGUGGCAGCCGUGCUUACACUCCUUGAGAGGGAAGGGCUUUUGCACUCGCCCCAUGAAGUGUAUGACCCGGGGCGGUGGGACUCAUUAACGGCAGCACUAUCCCAAAGGGCUAUGUCCACACAGAGAGCGGCAGAAUUAAAAACCUGGGGCCUAAUCUUGGGAGCAUUGAAAGCCACGAGGGAGGAAAAAACUGCAGAGGAUUUAGCGAGGGAUUUCUUGGGUCUGGGACUAAGGGGCGAUUCGGGAGAGGUUGCAGAAAUAAAAGGGGGUGGUGGAGGAAUGGGACCCCCUAAUAGCCCUGGAAACGAUAAGAAAGAGGGAGAAAAAAUGGCAACGGCGAAAGAAGGGACUACGCUCGAAACAAUAGCACCGGAAAAGACAGAGGAACAACGCGCAACUGCACCGCCCCCAUAUCCUUGCUUGUAUCCUUCAUUGAAAAAUCUCGCAGGGGAGGGAAAUGACGAGCGGAAGUUGGGGGGAGGGGAGCGGGCUCAGCCCUUAAACCUUGAGCCCCUUUGUUCGCCAGUCCUACCCGCCUGUCCGGCCCUGCCAGAAACAGAAAUCCCCGCCCCCUGCCCGCUUACAGACUGGGGGAAGAUCAGGGAGGAGCUACGUGCAGCCGAGCUCUCAGCCGAAUGCCGUGCAUUCCCGGUGGAGACCAGACGAGAGGGACCUGUUUGGGUCCCACUGAACCCUAAAACAGUUGCCAGGCUCGCGGAGACCAUAGAGAAAAAGGGGUUACGAUCGCCGGCAACCAUCUCGGCUUUAGAGGCUAUAGUAGCCCCUGGCCCUAUGCUCCCCUAUGAUAUUGAGGGAUUAAUGAAGGUAGUUUUGGAGCCAGUUCAAUUCACGUUAUGGAAAGAAGAAUGGUCAGUACAAAUUAGAGCCGUGGUUGCAGCGGCAUCGAGGGACCCCCGACACCUGGCGAAUGGCCGAGAAUCAGGGGAGCACACUAGCUUCGCGCGGCUAUUGGGUUAUGGGGAGGGAAUGGUGGGGUCCCCCGAAGGGCAACUCAGGCACCUUCGCCCUGGGGAAUUACUCGCGACCACUGAAGCCGCGGUGGCGGCGUUUAGGAGGUUCGCAAGAACGGCUGAACCCCCAUCCCCUUGGUCUGACAUUAUGCAAGGUCCGACAGAGUCCUUUCAGGACUUUGCAAAUCGGCUCAUCCGAGCGGUCGAGGAGUCAGAACUUCCACGAACCGCUCAUAACGCGAUCAUUGUGGACUGCCUUAAGCAGAAGUCUCAUAAAAAUAUCAAAGAUCUUAUACGAGCGGCCCCUGAUAGUCUCAACACCCCAGGGGAUAUCAUUAAGUAUGUCUUGGAAAAACAAAAAACGACUCCCCUCACGAACGAGGGGCUGGCUCUGGUAGCAGCCAUGUCCGCGUCCGAGAGCCAGAGUAAAGGACCGUGUUUCAAGUGCGGUCAAUUUGGUCAUCUUAGAGCCCACUGUGGUAAUUUUGGGAAUAGAAGACCGGGAAAUUCAAACAUCAAUCUCACCUGUCAAGCCUGUGGAAAAGGGGGGCACAGCGCCCGCCAGUGUCGGAAGUUUGUUUUAUUGCUGCAGGGAAACGAGAGGGGGGAGGCGCCUCGAGCCCAGGGCCCCUCCCCACUCAAUAUGAAUGGGCCGGUCAGCCAUCGGGGAGGACGCGGACAGACACCCCAACCUCAUCAGCCCCCCCUCUUCUCCCGCCCACAGUAGCGCUGACUGUGAAUAUGGGAGAGCGCCCUCUUGCGAAAGUUAUGCUUAUCUAUGCUGGGUAUCUCCCCCCUGAGUCGGAAACCCCCCGCACCACCUUCCUCACUGCCUUGCUCGACUCGGGGGCGGAUGUAACAGUAAUCGCGGAGAGCGACUGGCCGACGGAGUGGCCAACACAGGCCUCGCCUGUAGCAAUUGCCAGAGUUGGGGGAUCGAUGGGUGUUAAGCGAUCGGUGGAGGAGAUAGAAAUUGUCAUUAUCACCAGAGAUGGGACGCCAGAAAAGCCUGUGCUGUUGAGGCCACUGGUGGGACCGGUGUCAGGGACCUUGCUAGGCAGGGACUUCUUGAAUGAUCUUGGUGCACGUAUUACAAAUUUACAAUAGGGGCCACUGUCUGCCAGUUGGGAUUACAAUAUGCCAUUCCCUUGCACUGGAAACAGGACGCUCGCCCUGUUUGGGUAGAUCAGUGGCCCCUCCCACUUUGUAAAUAAACAGCGCUUGCCCACCUAGUGCAACAGGAACUACGGUUGGGUCACUUAGAAUGCUCGCUCAGUUGCUGGAACACUCCUGUAUUUGUGAUUC